AAAAUAUUAUAAAAAGAUAUGAGAAAGCUAGGACCGUUCGAAAAACCUGUUUGUAAUGCAGUUACAGUAUAUCGAGAAAGGGGAAAUUAUCUACAACGCUUAGAGCAGUUCGAAAAAGCAAUUUUAGCUUACAACGAAGCUCUACGUUGGAAUAGCUCUGAUGUCCCGUCGUUGCUCGGUAGAAGUCUGGCCCGGGCAAAAGCUACUCACUAUGAAGGGGCUUUGGAAGACGUGGCGCGGGCGGCCGAACUCGAGCCAAAUAAUUUGACAGCGCUACAGAUUAAAGCACAGACGGAAUACGAAAAAUGUGCCUUCGAACGUUCUCUUGUUCUUGCCAGCUGCGGACAGAACCUGAGGGUUCUGCCACCGAACUUCGCCGAUUGUGCCAGAUGUGCCGAAGAAACGAUCCGAGAAUGUUCUGGUCUAAGCGCAACAAAAGUAAUGAAAUCUGCAAAUACGCUACUUAAAGAUGUUGAACUAGUAGACCACAUGGAAAAAGAUAUUUUUGAACCGGUUGUAAUUAUGCGGCGUAGCAGGAUGCAAAAGGAACCGACUCACCAGAUACAAGAGAUAUCGCGGGUAGAAAAACAAAAGACUGAACAUAUUGCACGAUUAAUGGCAUCAAAGUAUUUAGAACAAAUGGCCCAUGACAAGCACUUCCUUAUUUCCUUGUGCAAAGAUGAAAGAUUAAUGUCAGCAAACAAACAGGGGUCGAAGAUGCUUUACGAAUUAGCCAAUAAAGCUCGCGCUGAUGUAGAAAAGCGACAAGCGGUACUUCGCGAACGUCGUCCAUUAUACGCAGCAAGGUCGGCGGAAUCAGAAGCCCGAGCGCGUCUUUCCCGAGCUCGCAAGGAAAGACUCGGCCACGCUCAAAAACAACAUGAAGUAGACGCGAAACGUCUCAUUCGAACUGCUAAGACUAUAUUCGAAGAACACGAUACGACAAAAUGCUUAGAAGCUGCAGAAUUCGCAAUGGAACAAAUAUCUAGGAAGCCAGCUAACUUACUACCUGACAAAGAGAAGUUUUUAGUCGAAUUAUAUAACCUGGUCGCUAAUGUUUUCUUGGAUCAGAAACGCUUUAAAGAAACAAUGAGUGAGGAAGAUCGUGAAAAGAGAUCGUUUGUGUUACUAGGAAUUACAGUGUCACGGGAACCGAGUCGCGACUCCGUGCUGCGAUCGAGACCCAUGGCACCGCCGCGCGAUGUCAGACGCCGCCUUAGAACUUUAGAGCGCAUACUGUCUCUUAACGGACGAGCAUCGGAGAGAUGUUACGCUCUACAUGAACUGGCUCGCCUUCACGUUGAUACAAAGCAGGCGUAUAAAGCUAGAUUUUACGCUCAUAAAGGCCAGACCGAAGCGCGCUCCGCGGACCAACGUAUUUGGUUACUGAAUAUGACAUUCCUGCUGGCGCGAUGUCAUUUGCUACAGAACAACCGGCCGGAGGCGCGGGCGGCGCUCAUCGAAGGCGCCAGCCUGGCUCGCUCAUACGGCUUCCCAGAUGUCGCUGCCUUCUUUGAUACGUGUGUAAACGUGUCAGGAGAAGGGGAAGUGGGAUCGAGUGAGGCGUUACUUGUGAAGCGAGAGAAAGAAAUGGUCAAUUUAAUGCAAGACGAUGAUUUGCGUUCCGCUGCAAAGUAUCUGUUUAAAAGAAUGUCUGUUAUACCGGCUUCAAGGCGUUUCUCAGUACUUCCCGGGACACAUAUGGAUGAAAACGCAACAAAGAUAGGUCGCCGAGUAUCCAUUGCACCAAAAACUCAGCAGCCUACAAGGAUAGUACGGAAAUUUCAACAUCCUCUCGGUUUUCAGGAAUUUGAUCUUUGA